GAUUAGGAAGUUCCUGUGUUUGACAUCAUUCACCCGGGAGAGACAGUCGCCCUCCUAGAGGGGGGGCUCCGGUCAUGAGCAGGGCGAUAUUUAACAUGAGGUGCUUUGGGUUCACGGAAGGUAAUCGAAAGCAGUGAGAUCCAGUGCAGUAGAGAACAGGUACAAGUACAGCGCUGUACUGUACAAUACAGUUCGGUGGGUGAUACCGGCAGUAUAUAUUAUCAGACGUGAUAGAACUCGGAGCAGAUGAUCAAGUUCAAUUCGUCGUGAUUCAUGCCCCCAUGUGUCGUGGGUCUGCUACAAUUUAUCAACGAUAAGCAGUCCACGAUGAUAAUCCUGCCCGGUUAUCUGCGAGAUAUGAUGCGGUGGGUUGAGGGAAAAUGCACAAUUAAGGUGCUGCGCGAGAUUAAAGGAACUCACGAUCCAGCCAACAGACAGCCAGCCAUUCCGGAGCCGCAUGGAAGAGUGUGCGGGCAUGCUAUCACAGCAGAAGGUUAGGCCACCCGUCACCACAACCACCUCCCCGCCCGCUCGACAACGGUUCAGGAGGGCGCGUGUGUGACGAAUUUCCGACCUUCGUUUCCCCCAAUUUUUCACUUCCCCCACCAAACAUCAAACUUUGGGGAAAAGCCUCAGUGGGGUCGUCAACACCGGGCGGCAAACAAACCACCCCAUCCAACUGAACACAACCCGGAGCCACACGACACCAACGACAAGACGCAGUGAGACACGGAAAAAACAAAAAACAAAGAACAAAAUAGAGAAAAAUGUCUGAACCCGCUGAAGCUUCUCUUUCUGAAGCUGUUGAGAAACUCGAGAUCAGUAGUGCCGGCGAUGAACAUGAAGGCAAUGAUAUGGCUAGGAUUGGAGAUGUGAAGAUAACCGAACUUGAGGAGAAGCAAGCGCCCAAGAAGAAAAAGAAGAAAAAGAAGAAUAAGCCGAAGAAUGUAUGAUUUCCCACCUAAUUUUCUCUUUUUUUACCUCCUAGCGAAUUCUGACUGACAAAAACAUCGGAUCAAACAGCCUAGACCUUCAGGAUUUGAAGGUAAGAUAUGGUAAUCAUAUCCGGCGCUGGAACUUUAACUAAUCGGCGGUGUAGAGCACCAUGUCGAAGGCCCAUUGACCCUUGAAAUGGCCCAGGAAGAGCAGUCGCUUUAUCACCCGUGAUUUACCUCCAUGGACCUCGUCUCACAAACACUUGCUAACAUUUCCCAGGAGCAAGCCGUUUUCUGAGUAUAUACACACUUCCUAUGAUCCGCCCCAGCAGGUGAAUCAUCACUAACCUCCCCCUCCAGGCGCAUCGAGAUAUGCAUCCAACGCUACAAGUCCAAGCGUAAAUUCGAUGCUCUUCGUUCCCAGAUAUUCACCACCUACUUGACUCUCGGUGGUAUCUCUACAGGUCCCAAGCAAUUCUCCGGAGGUCUAGACUACAGGCAGAAUGACCACUUGGACAAAGAGCAGCUGGAGACCAUGGCAGCCACAGACUUUGUCUCGACCAACCUGGAUGAAGACGACGAGUGGGAAGUCGACUUUCCAUUUGUUGUCCGUGGGUUCUUGUCCCACAGGGUCCCCUACGUUCUUGGCUAUAUCGAGGUCGCACACCUGGAACUUGCUGCGCAGGUCGUUCGUAAUUUCCUCAACUAUGUGAGUUCGGCUCUCCCCUCUCCCUCUCCCUACUUCACCUGCCAGAAUUCUGACCAUUGAUAGAUCCUGUAUCACAAUGUGGCGCCCGAGCAUGUGGACGGUGUCCACGAGGCUAUCAGGAUCUGCGACCUUGCUGAGAAGGAGCUGGCUCUUUGCCGUCAUACUUCCCAUCGUCUCCCAGGAAAUUUCAACAUGGCUUGCUCAACUCUUUUCGGUGGUCACUACGCUGGCAUGAAAGGGGAGAACCAGACUUGGGACACUCUCACCCCCCCUGUUGGCUUGACUAUUCAGGAAGCCACUGGUAUCUUCAAUGCAUGUGUCCAAACCCGUGGAACCCCCGAGCAGAAGGAGAUGGGUCUCAACGUGGGGAUUACCAAAGCCGAGUUUAUGGGUAUGGAAGUCACCGGUAUCAUCUUCCCGAACCUUGAGAGGAAGAGGGGCAAAGAUGAGACGAGAGUGGAGGGGUCAGGAGGAGCCAAACCCGAUACCGACGAGAAUACUAAUCCUGCCGCGAAGCCGUACGAGGCAACCGGUCUCAAGGCUCUUGGUAGACUCCUCCUCAAACCGUGGGCUCCAGAUGACGAAUUGCCACCCGAGACCGACCUCGCUGAGUUUGACAUUUGGCUUGAGUUGGAGGUGCUCCAGUUCUGCUUCACCGGAAUGCACCUCGAAGCCAAGGUUCAUAGACUCAGCUCUGGCAUUUUCUGGAUUGACAGUGUCACUGUAUGUUACCCUCUCACUUUUUUAUCUCAUUUUACAUUGACUAAAUGGUUCAACAGGCUGUUCAAUGCUCAUUCUACCUCCAACUUGAUCCGCCCGACAAAGCCGGUGACAACGCCAGCGAUGAUGAGUUUGACUAGUUUGAUUGCUACCAGAUGUUGCUGGGGUCCUGAUGGUUCUUACGCUUCUUCUUUUUCCUCUUUUCUCAACGAUAUCUCAAUGCUUGUAAUACACUCAAUGUAGUUUCUUUGAGAACAAAUCCAAAUCCAAAUCCAAGU